AUGGAGAUGACGGACUGUGUGGGAAAAAGUGAUUUUUCAGUACGCAAAGCCACUCUCGUCGGUGAACCAUUUAGGAGGUGGAAGGAUGCAGUUGAAAAAUUCGAAGACCAUUGCAAAAGAGAAUAUCACAGAGCUGCUGUGGUCUCUGCGGACAACUUUCAGAAAGUGGUAUCGAGAGAGAUUGAUGAUGUUGCUAAUCUUUUAAAUGCUAAAAGAAAAAAAGCCCAAAUAGAGAACAGAUUGGCUAUAAAGCCAAUCAUUGAAACCAUUAUAUUUUGCGGCGAAAACGAAUUGCCUUUGCGUGGUGACGAUGAUAGUGGUAUUCUAUCUCUGGAUAAGCCGCCAAAAAAAGAUGGGAAAUUUCGAGCUAUGCUCAGAUAUCGAGCAGGUGUGGAUGACACCUUAAAAAAACACAUCUUAAAUGCGCCUAAAAAUGCCACAUACUUCAGCCCCGAAAUUCAAAAUGAAAUCAUACUUAUUUGCGGGCAACUAAUUCAAACUCAAAUAGCUAAAAGAGUUAACUCCGCCGAGUGUUUUUCUCUAAUUGGAGAUGAAACUCUUGAUAAGUCGGGAAAAGAACAAUUCUCGUUAUGUCUCAGGUAUGUCACAAAUGAGGAUCAUCCAUCACUGAGGGAAGAUUUCGUAACUUUUUUUAAUUUGACAGAUCUGUCGGCAGAGAUGGUCGCUCAAAACAUUUUUGAAACAUGCGAUAAACUAGGAAUCGACAUGAACAAGUUAAUCGGACAAGGCUACGAUGGCGCCUCUACGAUGAGUGGAUGUAGAGCUGGUGUACAAACUCGCAUCCGCGAUAUACCUCAACCACAGAAGAAAGCAAGGGAAGAAUACGAAGCUUCUUUGUCAAUAAAGAAACCACUCCCACAAAAGGAAAUAGGGGAAGAAUACGAAGCUUCCUCUUUCUUAAUAAAGCUGACGGUUUACUUUUCGUAUUUUGUCCUCCUGGUAUUUGGCCAUUUGCGAGACUUUUUGCGGAGACUGGGACUGGAAAAAAAUUGCAUUGUUCGGGAGAGAAAUAGAGAGGGUUACGUUCCGCUGUACCAGAGCUUCGAGAGCUUUUUCACCCGCAAUAUAUACAGAAGGUUAUGUCACGUGAUCAACAACACCAUCUGCAGCACGCCCGGGGCUACUGUGGUGGUGAAAGAGAGAGUAUCCCACGACUUCAACUACACCUUUGAAUUCACCGGAAAUGAAAGCGAAUGCAUCAAUUUGGCGUCUUUCAACUACCUGGGAAUGGCAGACAACAACGGAAAGUGCGCCGACGCCGUUGCAAAAUGCUUGAACGAAAAUGGCGUUGGAAUAUGCAGCACGCGGCACGAACUCGGUACACUGGAGAUCCACCAAGAGCUAGAGAAGCUCACUGCCGAGUUCCUGGGCGUGGAAGACAGCAUCAUCGUGGGCAUGGGAUUCGCGACCAACACCACGUCCAUUCCCUCCAUCAUCUCCAAGGGAAGCCUGAUCUUAAGCGACAAACGCAACCACGCCUCGAUCGCCUUUGGUUGUCGGCUGUCCGGAGCAAAAGUCACGGUUUUCAAACAUAAUGACAUGAAGGACUUGGAGAGAGAAAUUAGAGCAGCAAUUGUAUACGGGCAGCCGAAAACACAUAGACCAUGGAAAAAGAUUAUUCUUUUAGUAGAAGGAUUAUACAGCAUGGAAGGCACCAUAGUGAACCUCCCAGGGCUGCUGGCCCUGAAGAAGAAAUACAAGUGCUACCUGUACAUAGACGAGGCGCACUGCAUAGGCGCCAUCGGCCCUAGGGGGCGCGGUGUGACGGACUACUACGGCUGCGACCCGAAAGACGUGGAUCUCCUCAUGGGGACCUUCAGCAAGAACUUUGCAGGAUACGGGGGCUACAUCGCCGGUUGCAAGAAAGUGAUUCAGCAUCUGCGAAGAAACAGCCACAGCUUCAUGUAUGCGAACAGCAUGUCCUCCCCCGUGGCUCAACAGAUCCUAACAUCCAUGAAAAUACUCAUGGGGAAAGACGGGACUGAUGAAGGUGCCAAGAGAAUCCGGCAGCUUAGGCGGAACACGCAUUACUUCCGCAAGAAGCUGAAGCAGAAGGGGUUCCUCAUCUACGGCAACGAAGACUCUCCGGUCGUUCCCCUCAUGCUGUAUUUCCUGCCCAAAGUGCCGGAGUUCGUGACUCAGCUUUGGAAGGCGAAUGUGGCAGCCGUAGGCGUCGGAUUUCCAGCGACCCCUCUGCUCACGGCCAGGGCUCGAUUUUGCAUCUCUGCGGCUCACACGAAGGACAUGUUGGACAAGGUCAUUGAUGCAGUAGAAAGCGCUGGACGCCUUAUGAUGGUGGAUUACUCUAAGAAACGCAAGUCGCAAGAAGAAAUAAUCUACUGA